CCGCGGCCCGGGGCCCCCUCCCCGCCCCGCCCCGCUCCCCGCCCCCCGCGGCCCGCGGCCCGCGGCCGGCCGGAGGAAGUCGCUGCAGGUGGUUGAGCAAACGGCGUUUCCUCGCGGAGCUCGCCCCCUCGGCCGGUCCUCCCUCCCCGAGGCCCCCGCCAUGGUCGGCCGCCUCAGCCUGCAGGAUGUCCCCGAGCUCCUGGACAUGAAGAAGAAGGGGGACGGGAUCCUGGACAGCCCCGACUCGGGGCUGCCCCCCAGCCCCAGCCCCAGCCACUGGCUGCUGGCCCCGGGCGGCGGCGGCGGCGGCGCGGGCGCGGAGCGGGGGCUGGCCCCGGGGCUGCUGGAGGCCGACGCGGCAGCCCCAGGACCCGCGGCCGCGAAUUCGGUCUUCCUACCCAAUCCCCCAGGGCCUGGCUGUUCUCCAAGGCUCUGCCCCCUGUCUUUUGGUGAAGGAGUCGAGUUUGACCCAUUGCCUCCAAAGGAAAUAAGGUACACCUCCUCGGUGAAGUACGACUCAGAGAAGCACUUCAUUGACAACAUUUACAUGCCGGUGGGGCUGGCGGUCUCCUCCUGCAGCCAGACCGUGGUCUGCAUCCCUGGCUGCACCUGGCGGAACUACAAAGCCGAGCUGCGCUUCGAGCCCCGGAACAAGGCCCUGCGGUUCCUGAGCACCACCAUCAUCUACCCCAAGCACACCAAGACCGUGUACACCACCACUCUGGAUUACAACUGCCGCAAGUCCGUGAGGCGCUUUCUGUCCAGCGUGGAGCUCGAGGCCUCCGAGUGUCCGGCGAGCGACUACCUCUUGGACGAAUGCUGACGGAGACGCGGGGGGCGACGGGAUGCAGGGCGCUCCUCCGAGGGGCUGCUCGUGCUUCGAUCUUUCUAAGUGAAAAUGGGCCUUUAUUCCCCAAUCGUUUUCAACUCUGAAGCAGCCUUCUCUAUCAUUCUAGCUUUGUGUGUCCAGCCUUGGCAAAGGAGAGGGAAAAAACCCCGCCUCUGGCGUCUUUGGUUACUAUGGGAAUUGGAUUUUAGCUUUUCUUUCUAAAAGCAUUUCUUUUUCUUGGCUCGUGGUUGCAUAUCCCCCAAAGUAUCGAUUGAAUAACAAAUAAAGGAAAGAUCCAAGUAAAAGGAAAAGUGGGAAAAAAAACCCAUUAAAAUCAAAAACAUGGUUCCUCCUGGAGAGGGAGGGCCAAGCUUGUCUGUGGUGGAGUGUGGAAAAAGGCUUCUGAGUGGAAAGAUUGAGCUUCCCACUUGAAGCAACUUCUGUUGGAAGUCAUGGUACUUGCUGCCUGUUAUCCCACUCCUAUGGGCUCAGUCUGUGUAAACUGAGGUCCUCGGGUUAUUUCUGUUUCCAUCCGAAUGCAGACCUUGUCCUUCCUAUUUGCACCAGUGGUUGAAGACUCCCAGAAGCCUGUGCUCAGGUGAUGUUUCCACCAUGGCUGUCUUAUGAGUGUUGCUGAAAUUUAGUUCACUGAUCUGAAGAGAAGCCCAAAAGAUUUCGGUUACCAUUUCGCUAGUCAUGAGGAAAGCCUCUUGUCUUCUUCCCCGCGGGCCCUGGCAACCUGCCUUGCAUCUCUGGAAUCCCGCUAAGGCCGCCGCAGAUUUGUGGAACUCUUCUGCUGUGUACACUGGGGUUUCCAAAUACUUUCCUAGGCUCCAUAAGGCAAAAUAUAGGAUGGCACAUAUUUGAGCGGACUGUCAUUUUUAAGGCUGCUUUGAUGGAAUGCUUUUAAGAUUUCUCAAGAUUGUUGCCUUUUGACUCAUAACUGGAAAUGAAUGGCUCGGGUUGUGUCUGGAUGCUAUUUAAGAGGGAGACAUCUCUAUUCCCUAGGUUCUCUGGGACCUUAUGCUGGUGUCUUUAUCCAAGCUUCACAUGGGUUCUGUCCAAAAGAAAUUACAUUCAGAGCAGAAUCCCUGCUGCCCGAAGGGCGAUCAAUGUCUGGAUUGCAAGGGGCAGAAGAAAAAAAAAUACCUUUGGGGUCAGAUUUCAUUUCUAAUCAGAGGAGAGUCAUAAUCCAAACAUCCAACUUUGUUACUAUAGCACAAGGUUUUGAUUUUUGCUAAAGGGUCAAAGGAUCCUGGAUUCUCAGAAUCACUUGAGAUGGUCCCUCAAAAGAGCUUUGUUAGUUCAGUAAAAUCAGCCAUGGGAAGAUGAGAGCAUCUAUGUGAGGGUCACUCAUGCAGACAGAGUCCAGGCAGACAAGCCAUCUCUUUUCUUAGGUCUCUGGGCUCCUUCUGAAACCCUGAAAGCUUGACUCCCUCCCAGCAUUCCCCCUCAGUAUGAGCCCCCACUAAUUUUGGUGUCUGUUGCCUGCCAAACCCCCAUUUCAUGUUAGACAAGGCAGAGGUGGGAGGUGGAAGGAAGUGGGCAAGUUAUUGUACACAAACUUGUAUCAGAGCAUUGAAUUACAACGUAGAAGGGUCUUGAGCGAUCCGAGGGGGACGAGAAUACAUGUGUGGGCCUUCUUCGCUGGCUUAGGAGCUCCCCCAGCCAAGGUGGCCUCUCUGAAGCCCAAGCUUUUUAAUUUAAGAGAAUUUGGGCAGAAUCUAAGAGAAUCCAGGGGUUCAGGUAAGCAGCUCAGGUAGGCCUUUUGAGAAAAAGGAAGUGGGUCGGUGGUUUUUCUUGUUUUCCUGUCAGAAGGAACAAAACACAGAUAUACACUUUGAGUAUGUUCUAAUUCGGGCUCUGUCACUGCUGAGCUGUGGAACUAUGGGCAAGCCAUUCGAGUUCUGGGGGGCUCAGUUUUCUCCUCUUUAAAAGUAGGUUGAAGUUGAUGAUUUCCAACUCUGAGAUUUGGUGAGCCUCUUCUAAGGGGCAUAGACUAUUGUAAAUGGCAAAUAGGCCGUGCCUCUUUUCUGAGUAACUCGCAGGGUCAUCGAAAUGAUUGAUGUUCAGAGAGCCAAUCACCAUAUCGAGUCAUUUCUGUUCCCCUUCAUCAGGGGCAUGCUGGUCAACUUUUCACAGCCAGCUCUCUAGGGGCUGCACACUUUUAAAUUUCGUCUUAAGUCUAGAUAAUCAACAAAACAGUAAGUUAAGCCAUGAUUGGUAACUUUUGCUGGUUUCCAAGGUAUAAAUGCUCAUGCUGCAAAUUUCACAAUGAACCAGUUAGAACUGGCUCCAGCAGAGUCCUUUAUGAGAACAUAAUGAAGUUGCAGAGAUAAUCAUGCUGUAGAGACUGUGGUGCCUUCAGAGCUGAACUGCCCAUCGCUGAUUUUAAAAUGAAAAUAUAAAUGAUUUUGCUUUUCUAAAUAUAUUUUAGACACUGCCACAUAGAGAGCUCAUGCCAAUUAACUAAUUUUGCCUUAAAUAAUGUGAUGUUGAACAGGGCUACAGGAAGCUGGGGGGCUUUUGGACUCUAGAGUUCACUCUAGAACCAAUCAGUGAAGCUUGACUUCGAUGUUCAUUGAAAGAAAGAAUUCAAAUAUGGGAAUUAACAGGAAGAUCUCAGCUUUAUAAUAUGGAAAAAACAGUGGGGGGGGGGGGGCUGCAAUGUCAUCG